UAGCGAGCAUACCAGUAUAAAACCUGUCGAUGUUGUGCAGCAACCAGCCUUUUCCACGCCGUGUAAGAAAUGCCUGCAUGGAAAAAAUAGUUGCAUUGAUACUUCCCGUAGCCAUCGACGCGCUUGGAGCAAUCAUGGGCGGACGGAGCGCUAAGCCUGUGGAUGUGGGCGCCAUUACGCGUCCCCUGGAAGAGGCCAUGAAGCGCCGCGAACAGGAAUACCAGGCGCAGCGCCAACGCGAUAACGAGCUUUUCCAUCAGCGCUUUGAAGAAUUAAAGAACGCUAACGCAGCCGAACGCGAUCGCCUAAUGCAGGAUUUCCACCGUGAGCAGGAACAGCGGGACCGCGAACGCCAAGCCGAACAGGAGCGUUACGAAGCACGCCUGCUGGAAUUAACGCGGACCAUCGACGACAGUCAGGAGGAGCUGAAAAAGGUCACCGAUCAACUUCAAAAACCCAUUAAGGACCGCGAGCAAAAGAUUGCUUUUGUGAACAGCUUGAAUUUGCCGAUCCACCAGACGAAUUCCCUGUUGCUGUUGGGUCCAAAAGGACUGGGGAAAAGCACCUUCUUGUGGUUGCUGAAUGAAGGACCGAAGCCGAAACAGUCACGCUCGGACGGGACGGUGGAGAUCCUGCAUGUCAGCGGGUUCGUGGACUCCAUUGGACUGCGCGGAUGGACGCCGGAGGAACUGCUGAAACUGCUGGUUCUGAUGAUCUACGACGGGAUCCCCAAGGACCUUAUCGUCUUCGGCAACGACCGCAUCGAUCAGCCCAUCACGUCGCUGGGGCUGUUGGGCGUCAACCAUCCCAUGAUUGUCAUUAUGUCUAGUGAUUUCUGGAGGAACUUGGAGCCGGCGCGUGGUGGGGAGCCGCGGAUUCAUCUGGUGGACGACGGCAAGGGAGUGCGCCGUGUUGAACCCGAGGCGCAUUUGGAGCGGGUAUAUAAUACGCCGGUGUACGAGGAUAUCAAGGAGUUCCAAUUAGGUAUCACGCCCAUCACCCACCACGACAAUUUGGAGCUGCUGGUGCAGAAGCGGGAGGACGCCGGGAUUCGGCCGUUCCGCUUCUUCAUGGACGGACUCGGACAGCAGUUCCACGUGGAGAUGGAGAACUCGCACAACAUGGAGGCGCUCUUUCGCUUCAUCUACCUCUACGAGAAGAAGUAUGGCAGAGACCGGCUCAAGUUCAUGAACAACGCAACGCUGCAGGACUUCAAAUAAAGGCGCUGGUGCUUUAUGAUUUUUGUGGUUACGGUCUUACAGAGUACAGUAUGCUUUAAAAUAAGCUAUUUUUUUAAUUUAGUGUAACACAUUAUAAUUUCAUUAUAAAAAUGUCAGAAAGACUUAAAAUUGUUGUUUAGCAUUUUAGUUGCAAUUUAUUAAAAGAGCACGACGCUCACG